AUUAACCAUAUACCACCCACAGCACACACAAGCAACCAACCAACCCAUAGCCAGCCACCCGUCAAUGCAGAUGAUGCACCCCCACCCAGCGUAUGCACAACCUGACCAACCAAUACAGGCUGUUGGUGUAUUAAACAAGCCACAAACACACAUGGCCACCACACAGAAGGUGCAGAUCAAGGAAUCCAGCAUUGGACUUGGAAGACGUGACGUUAUUGAGAUUGACGGCAAGCUUGAUCCUCGUGUUGUGGAGCAUGAAGUUCUCAACCAAGCUUCUGUCGUUGAUCGUGCUGAUGCACUAGUGACACCAAGUGGUUCGGACAACGUACAGGAGAUGUUGGAGAGGCACGCCAUGGAAGUCGCGAAACUUGAGAAUGAACUUCGAAGCGAUGAAAUUAUGAAAAUAAAUGAGAUAAUAUCUGACAUUGAGCAAAAGAAAGAGGUUGAAGUGAUGAAACUGAAGAUCGAAUUGAAGGAAAAGUUGAAGAAAUGUUCAACAGAUGAAGAGAAGGAGAAGGUAAUGAUGGAGUAUGCGACCAAGAUCCACAAAGUUACCGAGGGUCUUGAACAAGAGAAGCAAACUCGCUUGUCGGAUCUUCGGGGCAAGUUGGCACGGGAACGACAACGAAGGAAGAAGGAAUUGUUCGAGAAACAUAAACGGGAAGCUGAACUUGCUGGCUUGGAUCCUGAGAAGGUGGUUGUAGACAUCGCCCAUGAGAGCGAGGAGGAAGUGAACAAGGAUCUUCUUCUUCUUGCUCAACAACAAGAGAAGUUGAUAGCUGAGUUACAACAAGCGUAUGCUGACGAUGGGGUCGACGAGGGUGGCGAGAAGAAGGCAAAGUUCGAUGCCGAGAUGGAAGCGAGGAUACGAGCGCUGAAUGAAGGGAGGGGGGUACCUGUUGUAUCAGAGGAGGGAGUUGAAGAGAUCGUCAACAUCGGGGGAAAAAUCAACAGUCUUCGAGCGAACAUGAAAGAUAAGAUGAAACAAAGAAGAGCUCAACGCAAAACUAUCAGAGGAUCCUCACAGCUGCCGCAAGAAUUUGGUGAUGAUGAGCAAUACACGGCUGAAGGCCAAGUUUACAAAGCAAACUUAUCAACAUUACAACUACAAGAGGAUGAACAUAUGGAGAAUAUGAUUCUGUCGGCACUGGAAGAGGCUGAACUUGAGAAAUGUGAGUCCCAGCAGUUGGAGGUCCUCCGAAUGAAGAUGUUGGAGGGAGGGGUUGAUGAGAAUGAACGUGAUCAGAUUAUGGCCGAGUUUGAAUCAGCUAACCAAGUCUUCAAGGAUAAACUUUCGAUGCAACACAAAAAGCAGAAAGAGGAACUUCUGCUUCGGUUGAAAGCUCGUAAAACGCUGCAGGAGGAACUUUCAAAGGAGAAAGCGGUGAUGAAGCAAUUGCAAGGAGUGGGCAAGCAUGACGAGGGACGUAAAGUUGAAAUUGAUGUGGCCACGGUGGUGGUCGCGCAACAACUCGAACAACAGGUUGAAGCAUUGUCGUCACUUGAUCAGAAACACGCAGUGGAGUUGAAUAAACUUAUGGACAAUUUGGAAGAUGAAAAUAAUCAAGAAGAGACAAAGAUAUCGUCUCACUUCGACGAACAAUGCAAACUACAAGCUGCAGCUGCGGUGGCGAGGGCAGAACAAGAGGCAAGGGAAGGAAACUUGAAUGAGAAACGAACGGCUAAGUUGGUCAAACAAUACCAGGCCCAGGCGGAAGCAAUGAACAAUUCAUUGUUAACACAAAAGAAACGACAAAUUGAGGAAAUGAAACAAAAACUUGCACAGCGCAAAAACAACAGGAAGAACCAACUAAUGGAACAACAGAAGGUUGAGAAGGAUGAGGUCCUCCUUGCUCUCAAGGAAGAUCGUGAUGCAUCCGCGUCCAACAAGAUCAAGGAAGCAGAGAAAGAAUAUCUGGAUGAUGUUGCUAAGAAAUCCGGGGGAGUUUCUUCCAUGGAGGCUUUCAUCCAAGAUACUUUAUUACCGAGACAUUUGUUGGAGAUGAGGAACUUGAUGGAGAAGAUUAAGUUGGAAGUGGAGGCGGGGAGGAAGAAGGCAGAGAUUCAGGCAACCAGUGAAAGGGACGAGGCUCGUGAAAAACUAACUCAACAACAAACUGCUGAAGUUUCCCAACUACUGAUCGCGCACGCUGGUGAACCUGCCAAUAAAGUUCUUAAACUUAAGAAGAAACUUGAAGCCAAGCACAAAGAAGAACUAAAGAAAUUUGACAAAGACACCAAUGAUGUCAUCGCUUCUGCCGUCCAAUCAGCUCUCACCAAAGUUCAAAUCAACCAAUCAGAGAGCAAGUUGAAGUUGAGAGAAAGUCACCUUCGUGAAUUGUCAGAAGCUUUGUUGGAGUUUAACCCGGAGGAGAUGUUGAAGAAACAAUUUGCGGACGAAUCAUCGUCAGCAGCUCAAGAAGUUCUCGCAUUCCGUGAGAUGAAGAAGAGAGAGAUUGAUGAAAAAAUAAAACAACUGAAAAAGGAGAGAAUGAAAGUGCGAGAAGAAGCGAGUGCAAAGUUGUUGGAGCAGCAAACAUCUGAUGACUUGGAUGAAUUGAAAGCAAAGGAAAUGAUGACUCAACAAGAAGCUGAGAGAAAAGAACGCGAGAUUCUCGCAUCCAAUUUGUCUUCCGAUGAAAAAGAGAAAUUGUUGAACGAACAUCGAAUGAACGUCAAGAGAAUUGAGGACAAACUUCAAGCGGAAAAAUCUCGAACACAGAAGAAGCUGCAAGAGCAGCUGGAGGAGAGAAGGAAGAGAAGAAGGGAAUUGCAAUCAACAUCCGGAUCAAGUGUGGAGUAUCAUAAGGAAGUCAGUGAAGAUGAGAGAAGUUUAGAUGGAAGAGAUGGGAAGAGUGAGGAUGGGAAGAUUGGGGAUGUUGGAGAUGGCGUUGGGAAGAUCAUGAUCAUUGAUAACACAAAGGUUGAUGGAGGAAACUUUAUGCUUCCUUUCAUGAUACAAAGCUUCACACAGGAACUCGAAGUCUUGGACACAAAACUAAGAUCAAGUUUUGAGAAGAAUCGAAUUAACGGCGCAACUACCACGCCAUUUAUUGAUAUUAAUGACGCGCAAUGGAUGAUGGAUGGUUCACUUGUGACAUUGGAAACACACAAACUUGCUCCUAACCAAUAUAUUGUCUACAAGUUUGGCUUGUUUGUUGCUAAGAUGCUCAAACCUGUGUUUGAAAUGGAUAAAGAUGUUUCUAUACUGAUAGCCACCUGUGUUCCUGAGAAUAAAUAUGAUCGCAACGCGUUCCGUCGUUCCUUCUUCUACCAACAUUCCUCUCAAACCCUCUACAUACGAGUAGACCACCUUUCAUCUGUUGGUGACUUCAUGAUGGUGGUCCUUCAUUGUUUUGCUCAUAUUACUGUGGGGCAAAUGGACGACGAUGCAGACCCGUAUUUCUUGAGAGCUUUUUACAAGGGUUUGAAAAUCGCUUGCGAAGAUUUGUUCUUCACUCGUGCAAGAUCUGGUGGAUCAGGUGAUUCAACCACUUUAUCCAGGGUUGAAGGAAAAGAUUUGAGUUUGAGCAUCCUUGAUCAUCUUGUUGAUACUGAUGUCAUCACACCAACUUCUGAUGUGUUUUCAACCAAGGCGUUCCUCACACGGAUGAUGAAAUACGGCAACUUCCAAUCCAGCAACACAUUAACAAAUAUGAUCAAAUACAAACCAACCUUCCAACAACAACAAUCAGUAACAAGAAGAAUGCUACAACUUGCAAAUCCAGAUCGAGCAAAACCAAUAAUACUUCAACCAGGGUUGGUUCACACUUCUCUGGUACCAAGCACUCCACACACUGUGGUUCAACAACAAAUAUCUCGUUUAAACGACAAACUUGAUUGGUACAAUCACCACUUGGUCGCUUGUGUGGAAAACCAAAACGCAAUUGCUGAGAAACAAAACAAUGGAGAUAAAGACGCUGAGUUUUACCGCAACGAGAUUAUGAAGAUUGAAACGCAAAGAGAAGUUUUGUUGAAGGAAAUGAAAAUCAUGGAAUUAACGAUUCAUGAGAAACAACGUGCACUGCAAUGAAUAAUGUUGCACAAGUUUUGUAGUUUUUGUAAAAUCUAAUGCACUUUUAAAAUUUAUCAUGAAACACUUUUCUAAUCAUUGUAUUAUUUUCACUACAUGUAGUAAAUAUCACUUUGCACAAUCACUGUAUUAUAAAUAAACAACAUCAUUAAAUCUGCAA